UGCGACAGCCCGAGAGAAGGGAGAAGAAAGCGGAAAGGGCGACAAUAAAAGAAAGGAGGGAGAGAGGAAAAACCAACCCACGUGCGCACACGAGUGAGGUUGUUUAUCUGCUCUGAUCCUAUGCACCCUCCCCGCUUCCUUCUUCCUGUGCGCCCACGUGGGAAGCCGGCAAAGCUCCAGCUAACCUGCGGGCCACAAGACUAUCGCGAUGAGUUUUAUCGACUACAGAGAGACGAUAAAGGAAGGGGACACGGCGAUCGUCUUCUUGGGCCACGAGUCCAUGUUUCCGGUGAAGGUGCAGCAUGGUGGUAAAACCCAGACGAAGUAUGGCGUCAUCAGGCAUUCCACCGACCUGAUAGGCAAGCGGUAUGGCUCCAAGGUGACCUGCAGCAAAGGAGGCUGGGUGUAUAUUCUUCACCCGACUCCCGAGCUGUGGACUCUGAACCUCCCCCACCGGACGCAGAUCCUGUAUUCGACGGACAUCUCGCUCAUCACCAUGAUGCUCGAGCUGAAGCCGGGGUCCGUUGUCUGUGAAUCAGGUACUGGAAGUGGCUCCCUGUCUCAUGCAAUUAUCAGGACAAUUGCUCCAACAGGGCAUCUCUAUACAGUGGAGUUCCACCAGCAGAGAGCUGAGAAAGCCAUUGAGGAGUUUGAAGAGCACAAGGUGGGCCAUUUGGUGACGGUGAAGAACCAAGAUGUCUGCAAAAACGGCUUUGGCAUCACUCACCUUGCAGACGCGGUCUUCCUGGACAUUCCGUCACCGUGGGAAGCCAUAGGGCACGCCAAAUCCGCGCUAAAGCGCGAAGGUGGACGCAUCUGUUCCUUCUCCCCUUGCAUCGAACAAGUGCAAAGGACCUGCCUGGCUCUGGAGGAGCACGGCUUUGCCGAAUGUAACACUCUGGAGAUCCUGCUGAGAGUGUACAACGUUCGGACAAUCAGCUUGCCACUCCCUGACCUUGGAAAAGGAACCGGGGGCAAUGCCAGAGGGGAGUCUGACCAAGGCAGCCCAUCCGAUCAGGGUGCCUCUUCUGCUGGUCUCCAGCAGGGAAACGCACAGUUUAAAAGCGGUGUGCCGCCAAGGGAGAUGGUGGGCCACACUGGGUAUUUGACCUUCGCUACCAAAAGCCUAUUUUAGUUACUUGCGAAGCUAGCGGCCUCCUUGCUGCCCUCCCUCCUUCCCUCCCUCCCAAUCAAGCAUCCCAGGCUUUUUUUGCUCGUCGGGCAAUUCCAUAUAUAGUCAGACUGAGUAAGAUUAUGCUUUUGUUUAAAUAGCACCCAGGAGCGCUAACCAGAUCAGCCUUGCAGUACACUGUCCUUCUGGAACAGUGCUUGGCUGCCUGUCAGGUAGGAAGAUGGAUUAGCAGCUAAUAGCUGUGGGAUGGACUUUGCAAAGCAAAAGCCACUUACUGAGGCUGAGGUUGUUUGGGGCGGGGGGGGGGGGAUGUCAACCAGGUUUCCUUUUUCUUUCUGGAACCCCUGCAUUGAUUCUUCCCUCUAAGAGGGUGUGCAAUGGGGAGAAUUUUUGCUUUCGGUUUUUUAUUUGCCGUUGGGAAUCUAUUUAAUAUUUGGAUUUUUAAAAAAUAAAAUAAAAAAGGUUUUGCCGUUGGCCCAGAAUUGGCUAGCAGCCCCUGCAAAGAGAGUCUUUAAAAGGCAGGCGGAUGUGUGGAUCCAUAUAUACGCAUACAUGCAUACAUAGGUGAACAACCCUGGAAAGAGCAUCAAACCCAAUUUAUUGUGGUUGCACGACGUGAGUGAGUCUCCCUUGUCACAAAGAUUCAAAGCGCAGGGCUAGCUUUUGAGGGGAGAAAGUUAGGCUGCAAGUCUUCACCCUGACAUCUAAUGCUGAAUGGAGCUGGUGGUUUCCUAUAGGAAGUGUCAUUUAAUCACAUCCCUGCUUGCAUCCCGAAAUAAUUCUGUUCAGGGACAGCUCUUCUACCUCUUCUGUGUGAGCAAAAUCCUCAGCACAAUCGCACAUUCACUUGGUCUUGAAUAAAUGGCUAGAUUUGCAUCCUGCUUCUUCCCUGCCAAACAACAGCAGCAAAAAAAAAACCUCCCUUAUCCAGUCUGUCCUGUAUUGUAAGACGGUACUUGUAUUUACAGAUGUCCAUUGCUGUAAACAGAACGAACCCUUCCCUGGUGUUCUUAACCAGCGUAUAAGCACGUCACAAUCCUGUCUUCCUAGGGCCUGGGUGAAAUGCGAGCCACGAGGCAAAUCUUUUUAUCCAUUCCAUGCGCCGGCUGAUUAAUAGAUAUGCCUGAAAGUGCGAAUCCGGUUUUGCCCUUUUCUUGACCAAAAAUAAACAUGGCUGAGCUUUC